CAUCUUUCUUUCUGUUUUGGGACGUUUCCGGAAGCCACGGAACAGGCUCCACAUGCUAAGACAUCAGCUCGAGAUCCGUAGGCUCGCUUAGCCGAGUACUCGUCGACUGUUCUACAUCCCAACGCUCGGCCCCGGGAACCUACAACCCUACACUCGCGAUGCCUACUACGUCAAGAGAAUAGAACCCGCUGCGACGGGAAUAAUAAGUGACGGGUAUGGACAACCACGACUUCGCCGUCGAGCGCAUUCGCUCCCGCAUUGUACACUUUUACAAUACCAAAACCGCAUUCCGCGUUUAUCACGGCAGCACAAACUCCACGCGCCAUGCGAACUUCGACCGCGCCUCUAUCCUUGACGUUAGCGCUCUUAACAAUGUUCUCUCUAUCGAUCCAGCCACCAAAACUGCCGUCGUCGAACCCAAUGUCCCCAUGGAUGCCCUCGUCCGCGAGACGAUGAAAGUAGGCCUCCUUCCGCCUGUCGUCAUGGAAUUCCCUGGAAUAACCGUCGGUGGAGGCUUCGUCGGUACCGCGGGUGAAAGCAGCAGUUUCAAGUACGGGUUCUUCGACCGGACCGUACUGAGCGCCGAAGUUGUCCUCGCAAAUGGGGAUGUAGCCCACGCAUCAUCGACAGACAAUCAAGAGCUAUUUGAGGGCCUUCGAGGCAGUUUCGGCACGCUGGGCGUGUUAACAUCCGUCAAAUUGCAACUCAUCGACAUGAAAUCCCACGUCGAGGUCACGUACCACCCCACAACCUCCAUCUCCUCCGCAAUGUCCCAGCUCCGAGCCGAAACCGCAUCCGCAACCGCCGACUACAUCGACGGCAUCCUCUUCUCCCCCACCUCCGGCGCCAUCAUAACCGGCCGCCUCACCUCCACCCCAUCCCCAACCCUCCCUACCCGCACCUUCUCCCGCCCCUGGGAUCCCUGGUUUUACUUGCAUGCGUGGCGCCUCGCGUCCAGCCCUAGCCCGACCACCGAAUGCGUCCCCAUCCAGGACUACCUCUUCCGCUACGACCGCGGUGCCUUUUGGAUGGGCAGCUACGGCUUCGCGCACUUCCGCGUGCCCUUUACCUGGUUGACGCGCCUGCUCCUCGACUACUUCAUGCACACCCGCGUCAUGUACCACGCGCUGCACGCGAGCGGGCACACCGACCGCUACAUCAUCCACGACAUUGCGUUCCCGGCGCCAAAUGCGGCAGAGUUCGCGGAGUACGUUGACAAGACGUAUGGGAUUUAUCCGUUGUGGCUGUGCCCUGUGCGUAAAGACGGGCGGUCGUCAAUGGGGCAUCCGCGCUCUUUCUCCGGCGAAGUGCCAGGGAAGACUCUCGGCGCGGUGUACGAAGGCGCGUACAUCAAUGUCGGCGUGUGGGGCCCGUAUCCCUCCGAUGAAGCCGAGUACGUGCGUGCAAAUCGCGAGAUUGAAGCGAAAGCGCGGUCCCUUGGCGGGUUGAAGUGGCUGUACUCGCGCGUGUUCUAUACAGAAGAUGAAUGGUGGAGCAUCUAUGACAAAGAGCGGUAUGAGGUGCUGCGCGCAAAGUUCAACGCGGAGAGUCUGCCGAGCGUGUGGGAAAAGGUCAGGGAUAGAGGGCCGAGGCGGGAGUUUGGGACCGGGUGGAAGGCGUGGGUUAAGAGGGUACUUUGGAAGAGUGAGGUGGCGAGGGGGUUGUAUGGGGUGUGGAAGGCGAUGGGGGGCGGAGACUAUGUAUUGAGUAAGAAGGGAAAGACAGCAUAGCGCGGCUGAAAUAAGAGAAGGUGGAUGAUAUCGCUAUGCUACAUACUCUCUUUUCCUGUUAUUCGGAGGAACUCUUUACGGACUUCUUCCCACGCCCAUACAUCUCUCUUUUGCACCCGCAUAUCGCGAAGGACCUGCAGCACCGCCUCGCAACCGCUCUCCCCCUUCUCGUCAAUAGUGUACACCCCGCUGCCCGC